AUGGCUCCAUCGUCGGGAUGUUUGAUGAUAUUGGCGAUCAUCUGCGCAACUGUCGCCCUCGUUGUUGUUUCCGCCAGCAGAGACGACGUCAACGAGUACGCCUAUCUGAUAGCGGACCUGCAAGACUAUCUUGCCAUCACCGGAGUCAUCGUCCUUUACGACGGCAAUGAUUCCGUGUUCGUGGGACAGCUUGUAAGACAGUUGUCCCGGAGGCAUCAGCGCUACUCGAUCGGGCUGAGGAUGAGCUCGGGCCUCGCGACGGACAACCUGGAAUCGUUGGCCAACGGCUCGUCGAAACUCCUCUUUGUCGUGUUCCUCCGCACGGAGGAGGACCUGGUGGGUCUGGCGCGUUACGGGCUGCGGAUCAACAAGUUGUGCCAGUUUCACGCGUGUCUGGUGGUGUUCGCGGCGCCGAUGCGGGCUUAUUGCGAGGAGCCCUGGGACAACAGGUUGGCCCUCGACUUUGGGGCCGAGGUGCUGGUGAGGUGCGCCGGUGGUGGUGGCCGAGGGAUCAGGGAGUGGUUCGCCGUUGGCGCGGGGGCGAGGGUGCAGGUGCACGAGUACCUCGAGUGGAGCGUGGCGGAUCGGCUUGUCGUCAAAAGCCACCCGGUGCUGUACGAGAGACGCAGGAAUCUCAGCGGCGUCACAGCGAGAACGGCCACUAUUGAGGCAGCGAAACCACGCGAGCGCAACCGAAGAGCCGCGAGGGACGACCUGGUGCCGAGAAUCGUCAGCGAAUUGGCAUCCGUGAUGAACGUCACCUUGAAUUACCAACCCUCGUCCUUCACCUACGGCAGCCUAAACAAGACCAAGCGCAAAUGGACGGGGAUUCUGGGGAGAUUGCUCAACAACUCGCUCGACGUGGCUGCCGCCGAGAUGAUCAUCAACCGGGACAGGGGCGAGGUCUUCGACUUGACGGUACCGAUCAUAGUUUCCAGGACCAAGCUGUUCAUCAGGAUGCCCGACAACACCGACGUUCCUUGGAACGCCUAUUUGAAGACCUUCAACAAAAAAGUCUGGAUGGGGCUCGUCGUUGUCAUCCUUGUCUCACUCUUCGUACUUACCUGCAUCAGAGUAAUUAUUGCCAACGUCAAAACUGCCAGACAUGAUCACUACGGUUAUUUAAUCUUGGACAAUUACAUGCACGUUUGGGGCAUAUACUGCCAACAGGGCUUGCCAGAUGGCUCGGAGACGACGUUGCCCCUGAAACUGGCGUACUUUUCGAUAUUCCUGUCCGCGUACCUGCUCACGUCGGCUUACUCGGGAUCGUUGACCAGCUACGUGACGGUUUCCAUGCCGGCUAUGCCCUUCACCGAUUUGAUUGGUUUCAUCAACGACAGAUCGUACAAGCUGAUCGUCUUGAAGAACAGCGCCGAGCACGAUGUCUUCCUGAAUCCAAACGACGAUGUGUACUAUCGGAUGAGCCUCUUGCUGGACAGCUACGAGAAUCUACCCUCGAGCUACAUCAAGGGUUUCGAACAGGUGUGCAGCCAAAAGACCGCCUUCUUCGCGAGCGUGGCGAUGCUGAGCAAAGUACGUGGCGCGACUCCUUGCGAGCUCGCUGGCGUCCCGGGAGGUAGAGUCAGGAAGAUGGGCAUAGGUCUCAGGAAACACGACCCCCUGACCGAGUUCUUCAAUCACUAUAUACGGAGGUUCGAGGAGAACGGCGUUAUGUCGAAGCUCGUCAGUCACUACGAGGAGAAGUUCACGAGGCCGAAAGCGCCGUUCGACGCCUUCAACGUGCGGGACGUGAUGCCGCUCUUUGCCAUAUGGAUUUGCGGGUUGAUCGCUAGUGCUGUUGGGGUGCUGCUCGAGUGUUUGUACCAUAAAUUGGGCCGGGAUGAAUCGAGGAUUAUACAGACGGAGAGGUACUUGCUUGCCCCGUACAGGGAAUACGGAAAAUUUCAUUCCGAAGAAUCGAAGAGAGUUCGACGUCAUGCGAAAAAGUGUUUUUGGUGCAAACAAGCUGGAUGAUGGUUCGAUCAUGGACACUUUUUUGGGUGAAAAUAAAACAAUGACAAAUAGGCGAAUUUCGUACAAAUAAAUUUUUAUUUCGUUAUUAUU